CAGCACUUAGUCAACUCUGGUGGUUGACUUUGCGCACUCCCCCGUCCCCAGGCCCUGAUGGAUCUGGGGAGUGGCAGGGCGUUCUCAGGCUAUUUCUGGCCCCCAGAGGCCCUUUUAUCCACCCCUGGACUAAUUGCUUACAUCUCUAGCUCUGGUAGCUGUGGUGGAGUGCAGGGUGGGGGCUGGAGGGCACUGGGUGUUGCUCAAAGCACUGGUAGCUGUGCUGGCGGACUGCUCAAGGUUCUGGUAGCCAUGGCUGGGGGGUCAGAGUGAGGCGCUGGAGCUCCUGGCAGAGUGUUCAGGGUAAGACUGGUGUGGAGAAAUAAAAAAGGACUAAACAACACUUCCUUAUUUACUAACUGAAGAAGUAGAGGUCACCAAUGAAAUGAAUAGGCAGCAGGUUUAAAACAAACAAAAGGAAGUAUUCCCUUACCCCAGGGGUGAGGAGCCUUUUUUUGGGUGGGGGCUGCUCAUCCACAGAGAAACCAGUUGGGGGCUGCACGAAAGUGAGAAGCAAAACCAAAAAGAACCCCAAACCCUCACUGACGUGACCCCUAACAGAGAAGCAGAAAGACAUUUCCCACGCUCCCCUUGCACAGCAGAGCGUAAGGAGGUCCACAGCCAAAAAUGAGGGGUUCAGUGUGUGGAAGGGGGGCUGCCUGGAAGCAGGCUUGGGAUGUGGGUUCUGGGCAGGAGUGGUGCAGAAGCAACUUCCUCCCCCUGCCAGUCAUAGCCUGUGAAUCAGAUCCAGACACUAACUCUGGUCCAUGAGGCUUGAGACUCCCCGCCCCCAUCUCGCAGCUGGCAGCCAGGGCUGGCACUCCAGCCUGGCACUGAGAGGACUAUGGGGAGAUUGCAGGGCCAGAGCACCAGCAUCAGCUCCCCAAUGCUGGCAGGAGUUGGGGGGAGCCCCAGGUCUCAGGGUCUGGAUCCGGGCAAGCUAGGGACUGGGCCUUGGGUUCCCCAACCCUGCUUUACACAAUGGACAGCCUCCCUUUGGAGCUCUUUGAUAGAGGAUGUUGUGAAAGCCAAGGAUCAACUGGUUCAUAAAAGAACUAGAUAUACUCCUGGAGACAAUGCCUCAGAUCCUGGUGUGACAGCUAAGCUUCUCUGCAUUGAUGUUGUGGAGAUCAAGGGGGAACUUUGUUUGGCUUUCACGGAUAAUGGUGCUGGAAUGACACCUCACAAACUUCACCGUAUGCUCAGCUUUGGCUUCACAGACAAAGCAGUGAAGAAGAACCACCCAUCCAUUGGAGUGUAUGGUAAUGGUUUCAAGUCAGGCUCCAUGCGUCUGGGAAAGGAUGCCAUUGUCUUCACCAAGAAUGGAGGUGCGCUCAGCGUGGGACUCCUUUCGCAGACCUAUUUGGAACGGGUCCAUGCUCAGGCUGUUGUUGUCCCGGUGAUACCGUUCAACCAGCAAAAUAAGAAAAUGAUUGUUACGGAAGACUCUGGGUCCAGCCUCGAGGCCAUCCUGAAACAUACGCUCUUCAAUACCGAGGAGGAGUUGCUGGCUCAAUUUGAUGCCAUUCCAGGCAAAAAGGGCACACGGAUUCUCAUCUGGAACAUCCGCAGAAAUAAAGAUGGGAAGACUGAAUUGGACUUUGAUACAGACAAGCAUGACAUUCGAAUAUCGGACUUCGGCCCAGAGGAGUCAGAGAAUGCUGGAAGAAAGGUUCCUCCUCGUCUUGAGAAGGUUCCAGAGUCCUUUGCACCAGAAACAGAAUACUCCUUACGGGCAUACUGUAGUAUCUUGUACCUGAAGCCCCGCAUGCAGAUUGUUCUGCGACAGAAGAAAGUGAAGACUCAACUGAUCUCCAAGAGCUUGGCCAGUAUUGAAUAUGAUGUAUACAGACCUACCUCUACAAACAAAAGGGUGAAGAUCACAUUUGGGUUCAAUUGCAAGAACAAUAGCCACUCUGGGAUCAUGAUGUACCACAACAACCGACUCAUCAAGUGCUAUGAGAAGGUGGGCUGCCAAAUGAAGGGGGAUGGCAUGGGCGUGAUUGGGGUGAUUGAGUGCAACUUCUUGAAACCAGCACACAACAAACAGGACUUUGAAGAAAGCAAAGAAUACCGACGGACAAUUACAGCCCUGGGACAAAAACUCAACACUUACUGGAAGGCGAAGAUGGCAGAGGUGAAGUUGGGCAGUUCCAGUGCAGCCAACAUGAUAGUAGGAAGACCAGACCAGACUUGGGUGCAGUGUGAGGAGUGUUUAAAAUGGAGGAAACUCCCUGACAAAGUUGAUCCUGCAUCAUUACCUGAGAAGUGGUUCUGUCAUCUCCAUCCCCACCCUAAGUACAAAAGUUGCUCAGCCCCUGAGGAGCAGGAGCCCAGUGAUGAGGAGAUGAGCCCCAGCUAUGACCGGAAAUUCAGGAAACAAGAGCCGAUCUCAGAGAGGAAGAGGAGGAGGUCAUCAUCCUCAUCCUCGUCUUUGGAGAACCUGGAACACCAGGUAUUAUCCACUACGCCCGAGCUUUGCUCUGCUCAGAAUAACAGUGUAACGUGUGUGGUGAAGCAACAGCCUGACAAAGAGGGGCCUGAUGAGAUUUCUGGCUCUCUUACUCCUCCUCCCUCUGCUCUUGACAAGAUUGGUGCUGCCUAUCUGACCACUGGGCCUUUGGGACAGGAUAUUCCACCGACAGUAAGGUAGGUGCAAACAACUGCCCCUUUAACACAGCUCUGCUUUUUUUUUUUUUAGUGUUUUGCUGGCCUUGAGAUGGGAACGCUGAGAGCUUUGAUAAACGGAUUGCAAGG